CAGGGGAGAGCACUAACAAUACUCUCGUCGUCCAUGGCAACGCUGUCGUUGACUGUGGCGCAGGUCACACAUCGCAAGAGUUUACAAAGCAUAGACUUCAUAUAGUAAGGUAAAAGGGACAGCAUCCCCAAGAUGUCUAUUGCACUUGCACAGGCCAAGUACAUUUUUGGCCUGAAGCCAGGGGUGUCAGGCAAUAUUUGCUACCAUGAUGAGCAGACCAUUGUCUACCCUGCUGGCUCCAACUGCAUAUUGUACAACAUUGACCAGAAAGCUCAAAAGUUUAUACCAGGGUCAGAGAAAAGUGAUGGGAUGACAGCACUAGCAGUCAGCCCUAACCGACGCUAUGUUGCCAUUGCUGAAAAGGGAGAGAAACCAAUCAUUACUGUCUAUGAUCUUCAUUCACUAAGAAAAAGGAAGGUCCUCAGCUCACCUGAAGUGCCUACAGGAGAAUAUAUCAGCCUGGCCUUCUCUCCAGACUCUAAGUACUUGAUAGCUCAAGGAGGUCAGCCUGACUGGACUCUGUUGUACUGGACAUGGGAAAAAUCAAAGGUCAUGGCAACCACUAAAACUUCCAACCCACAGAACCUUGGUUGUGAUGUGAAUCAGGUGAGUUUCAAUCCUCAAGACAACACACAGCUCUGUGUCGUAGGAAAUACCAUUUUCCGACAUUUUCGAUACAGUGAGGGAAACCUGAAGCCUUUCAGCUUUCAGAAGUUAGAACCCCAGAACUAUUUAUGCCACGCUUGGGUGACAGAGGAGCGUAUUGUUGUUGGCACGGAUAAUGGCCGCCUGCUAAUCUUUGAAGCUGGGGAGAUGAAAAGUGAAAUCUAUCUUGGCAAAGAUGACAAGGAUACUGAAGAUAUUUCAUCAAACCAGAUCACUGCUAUUGUGUCCUACUCCAAGGGCUUUGCUUGUGCCUGCGGGCCUGGCACAGUCUUCCUAUUUGAGAAGACAGAUGACAAGGACUUUUUCAAGAAAACCCGUGAGGUUAAGAUUCCCACAGACAGCUAUAAUAGUGCAGACCCUACAGAGCCUCUGCACCAGAUUAUUACAUGCCUGGCUAUCAGUCCAUCUGAGGAGACUUUGGUUGCCAGCACUGACCAGGCCCAACUCUACUACCUCACUCUUUCCAGUGCUGACCUUGCCAGGGGUGAUCAAGCCAUAUUUGAGGUGCUGUCACAAACUUUCCACAAUGGGCAGAUUCUGGGCCUGGAUGUAUGCAUUCGCAAGCCUCUUAUUGCCACUUGUUCACUAGACCGCUCAGUCCGCAUUUGGAACUACGAAACCUGCAACAUGGAGCUGCACAAAGUGUUUGCUGAAGAGGCCUACAGCAUAUCUCUGCAUCCUUCUGGUCUCUACAUUCUGGUUGGCUUUAGUGACAAGUUGCGACUCAUGAAUCUGUUGAUUGAUGACAUCCGUACCUUCAAAGAAUUUACAAUCCGCGGCUGUAGAGAGUGUGCAUUCAGCAAUGGGGGCCACCUGUUUGCAGCAGUGCAUGGCAACGUGAUUCAGAUCUACUCCACCACCACAUUUGAGUGUAUCACAAACCUGAAGGGCCACAAUGGGAAGGUGCGCUCUGUGGUGUGGAGCACCAAUGACAGCAGACUGAUUUCCUGUGGCAUGGACGGUGCAGUGUAUGAUUGGGAUGUUGCCACAGAAAAGAGGAUUGGAGAGAGUGUUCUAAAGACUUGCAGCUACACUGGUGUCACUGUCACGCCAGACGGCAAGACAUCAUUUGCCGUUGGCUCUGACAAGACCUUGAAGGAAAUCGCUGACUCACAGGUUCUCCGGGAGGUGUCAUCAGCCGACAUGAUUCUAACUAAUGUGGCAAUGUCUCACUCUGGCCGAAUGCUUUUUGCUGGCACAGUUAAGGGUACACUGUGGUCACUCAAGUUCCCACUCACCAUCCCUGGGGAGUGGCAGGAACAUCAGGGCCAUAGCGCGGCCAUUACAAAGAUGAAGAUCACUUUAGAUGACCAGUACCUCAUCACUGUUGCUGAAGAUGCAUCGAUCCUUUUGUGGAAGAUUCAAGAUAAGGAAGGCCGUGGACUUAAGCGAGACAAGGAAGUUGGGUGGGCAGAGGAGAUUUUGAUUACCAAGAGUGAUCUGGAGGAGAAGAAUGCAUUAAUGGCAGAUCUUAACUCACGAGUUGAAGAGUUGAAAAUGGAAAAUGAAUACCAACUGCGCCUAAAGGACAUGAACUAUAACGAGAAAAUGAAGGAGCUGACUGAGAAGUUCAUCCAGGAAAUGGAAUCUCUCAAGACCAAAAACCAGGUCCUCAAAACAGACAAAGAUAAAGAGGAAGCUAAGCAUGAGGAAGAAAUGGCAGAGGUGAUGGAGAAACAUGCCAAAGAAUUGCAGGAUCUGGAGUCUGCUAACAAUCACAAGCUGAUGCUAGAGUACGAGAAGUUCCAGGAGCAACAGGCCAAAAUGAUGAAGAUGCAGGAAGACUAUGACAGGCAGCUACAGGAGAUGGAAGAGAGCAAGGAACGAGCGCUGGAGGAACUCACGGAAUACUAUGAGACCAAACUGCAGGAAAUGACAACCAAGCUUGAACAGUCUAACGAUGAGGCAAGACAACAAAAUCGAGAGUAUGAAGAAAUGAAGAAACAGAUUGAAGAAGAUGCUGAUCGUGAGAUUCUAGACAUUAAAAAUAAGUAUGAACGACGGCUACGUGAUGAAAAGGAGGCAAACAUGAGACUGAAAGGAGAAACUGGGAUCAUGAGGAAGAAGUUUACCAGCCUUCAAAAAGAGAUUGAUGACCACAAGGAAGAGAUUAAAAAGCUUCAGGCUGAGACAGCCAAGCUGAAUAACAUCAUCCGUAACCUGGAGAAGGACAUCCAAGGCCUUAAGAAGGAGAUCCAGGAGCGUGAUGACACCAUCCAGGACAAGGAAAAACGUAUCUAUGAUUUGAAGAAAAAGAAUCAAGAGUUGGAGAAGUUCAAGUUUGUCCUGGAUUACAAGAUCAAGGAGCUGAAGAAGCAAAUUGAGCCACGGGAAAAUGAUAUCAAGAACAUGAAGGAACAAAUUCAAGAGAUGGAGAGCGAGCUGGAAAGGUUCCACAAGCAAAACACACAGCUGGAGCUUAAUAUCACUGAGUUACGCCAAAAGCUGAAGGCUUGUGAUAAGGAGAUGCGCCUGGAACGACAACGAGUGCGUGAUGUGGAAGCUAUUGUGCGGCGGUUUAAAACUGAUCUUCACAAUUGUGUGGGCUACAUCCAGGAGCCAAAGAUGCUUAAAGAGAGCAUCAAAGCUUUGUACCAGAAGCAUGUGCAAGAAGAUAUUACGGAGACUGCCAGUGUGGAUGCUGAUAUCCAGAAAGAGUUUGGUCGACAGAAAGAACAUUUGGAGAGGUCUGUUGCUUCACUCCGGAAGAAGUUAGAGAAAGAUUCUGAAAUUCACAAAGCCGACAACGUCCGAAUCAUGCAGGAGAACGUUAUGCUGAUCAAGGAGAUCAACGACCUACGGAAGGAGGUCAAGCUGCAGAGAACGCAUGUUCAUGAUCUGAAAGCAACUCUAGGACUCUACACCAAGAAACAAAAGAAAGGUUCAGACCAUGCAAUACAAAUGCAAUCACCUGCCAGGAGGCAUGAGGCUACAAUGGAGCUAAAAAUGGAAGAGCAGAAUCGACUUAUUGAUCUGCAGCUAAUGGAGAUUAAACGACUGAGAAAUGAAGUACAAGAACUGGAGUCACUGUGUGGAUCAAGGCCUUCAUCAGCUCCCCGCUUGCCACCUGUGCAAGCAGUGGCCUAGCACCUCUAACAGAACGCAUGCAGCUGGAUGGCCUGUUUUUAAAAAAAAAUUAAGACAUGACAUUUAAUGCAUAGGUACCUUUUUGUAUUAUUCCUAAUGAAUCAUGAAUUUUAUACGUGCCAUUAUAAACAAAAAUUACUUUUUGCUUCAUGAGCUGGUCUAUUGCUCAAUGAGAAACACCAAUUAUUGUUUUUGAUCAGACAUCUCUCCUUUUCCCCUGAAAAGCAUCGAAAUAUUUCUGUCAGUGUGUCUGGUGAUACAUUGUUUUCCAACGGACUAUACACUUUGAUGCGUUUCUUUAAAUGUUACAAUUUCUACAGCUAUUUCGUGUCUGGUUUUAAUUUAAUAAUUUAAUGAUAUAGCUCCUUUUCCCAGCACCAGCCAGACUCAAAGCACUUUACAUCCAUACAGGCACACCUUUUUAGGUAGCCAUCAUAUGCAGCUUCAUGAACAGGUAUACACAUUGCAAAGCACACACACCUACCAGGUGGUAAUUAGAGAAAACCACUUACAGACACCCCUAUAAACAGGUGUAGCAUCCACAAGAGAAAAAAGAGAAGAAGGUAUGUCAGAAUGAAGGUGAAGAUACGAACCCACAACACCCUGUUCUUUGUGGUGUGGUGACAGUGCAUUACUCCCUGCGCCAUCAAUCAUCCACCCACUUACAAAGUUGAGAAGAUUUUUUAUUUUUAUUCUCUAUCCUUGCAGUUAAAUUGUAUACAUUGCUGUGCCUCAGUAGGGAGGUUAAGUGAUAUUAUUAAUGAACACAGCUUUCAGUGAGAAUUGUAGGGGAAAUUUGCAUUGAAAAGUCAGCAAUUUUAUUUUGCAAAGUCUAUGGAUUCAUUUUGAGAAAAACAAAUUAUGCGUGAAAAGAAAAAAAUAAUCAUUUCUGGAGAACUCUAUCAAUUAAACUCAUAUACAUUGAUAACCCCAUCCCUUUAAUAUCUUUGUGAUAUAAAAAUGUAUACAUCAUGUAAUCAUCCAAAACAUUUUGUAAUUAUUCUCAUUUAUUAUCGAUGGUAACAAUGUCAUUGUGUCAGAUCAACAUUGUCAGUGUGCAAGACUGUAUGUGACAUGCAUGUAUGUACUUGUCUCUAAGUGUUACAAAAGUCUAUGACUUCAUGCCCUUCUCUGUUUGAUAGACUACCUGAAACCUUUGCCCUCUGCCUAGACUAUGUAUGUUGUAAAUACAAAUUUAGAAAUACACCAUGGUACAGAGGUUUUACUGGACUCUUGAUAUACCUUUCCUGACAAAAGUAAAAGACCUGCUUGAUGCAGACAUCUGUUUUA